CCACAUUCGGUAUCCGGUAAAAUGAGUGAAAAACAAGGCCGAAUAUUAGCGGCGCGUUUUAAUGACGCAAGCAAACAGCGUCUAGUGACGCGAUAAACGUAAACAAAGAUGUCCGCGGUGUGGUCAUGUUUUAAAGUGUCGGAGAGCGACACAAGAAUUGCAGUUUGCAAGCAGUGUUUAGCCGAAAUAUCUAGAGGGGGGUCGUCCGCAAAGACCUUUGGCACUACUGCCUUAAUUAACCACCUUAAAGCCAAACACCCCGAGCAGCAUGCUCAGUUUGAGCGAGCGACGGCUGCAGUAGCAUCAAAGAGGAAAGCUCCGAGCAGCACCCACACUCCGUCCGUGGCCGCGGUCUUUGAAAAGACAAAAAAGUUCGCAAAGGACAAUGCCAAAGCUAACACAAUCACGAAGAAGGUAAUGGAGUUUAUUGCUUUGGAUGAUCAACCGUUUAGUGUUGUGGAGGACAUCGGCUUUCGGAGACUUGUGGAGCACAUUGAGCCCCGUUACACGAUACCGAGCAGGCGGUAUUUCUCGGACGUGUGCUUACCUGAGAUGUACGACAGCGUUGCAACUCGCGUCCACGAGCUAUUGGCUAAAGAUAAAGAUGUUAACCUCAGCUUCACGACAGACAUAUGGAGCUCGGAUGUCAGCCCCACCAGCAUGCUGAGCUUAACUGCACAGUGGGUCGAUGCAGAUUUCAAGUUACAAAAUAUAGUGCUUCACUCACAGGAGUUCAGAGGAUCACACACGGCAGUAGCCAUUUCUGAUGCAUUUGCCAGGAUGUUUCAAACUUGGCAUAUCGACCCAUCAAAAGUGCAUGCAGUCGUGAGUGACAAUGCACGAAAUAUGACUAGAGCUAUGGAAGACAGUGACCUGAAAGGCAUACGGUGCAUGGCUCACACUUUACAGAUAGCGGUCCACGAGGGUGUGUUAAGUCAGCGCAGUAUUGCAGAUAUCAUAGCGACAGGGAGGAAAAUUGUAGGUCACUUUAAGCAUUCCCCUCUUGCUUAUUCUCGCCUUCAAUCUGUUCAAGAACAGUUCGAAAUGCCACCAAAACGGUUCCAACAGGAUGUAAGUACUAGGUGGAACAAUACUUAUUAUAUGUUGGAGAGCCUUUUUUCACAAAAACGAGUCCUGGCUGCCUACGUAGCAGAUUAUGAUCUGCCCUCUACCUUCACCUCAUACCAGUGGCUGUUAAUCGAGAACACGCUCUCUCUUCUCGCCCCGUUUGAGCAGAUAACAAAGAAGAUAAGUUCAUCUGAUGCAUCUGCAGCAGAUGUUAUCCCAUUACUUGCAGCACUCAAGCGUCUUCUCAGUAAAGAAGCAGAAACGGACCACGGAGUCAAAACAACUAAAAGUGCACUGUUAGAAGCUGUCAACAAACGUUUUAGUCAGGCAGACUCCGAACCCCUGUUCUGCAUCGCAACAGUGCUUGACCCACGGUACAAGGAUCACUACAUUGAUGUGGAGAAAAAACAGAGGGUUAGGGAAAUGGUCCAGGCUGAAUUGGACUUAUUAAAGCCACUUGGAGACAGUGAAGUGACGCACAGAGAGGGGGGAGAGGGUGCAGAGACAAAAAGAAUCCGCACCACGGAGGCAGUACGUGUGCCCUCACUCUCUGACAUGUUUGAAGAGAUCCUCCAGGAAAACAACCCAGAUGCCAGGCAGACAACGAGUGCCACUGCUCAACAGCUGGACUCUUACUUGUCAGAAGUCCCCAUCCCCAGGAGUGACAAUCCUCUAACAUAUUGGAGGACCAAUCAAGGACGCUUUCCUGACUUAGCACAGAUGGCACGCAGGUACCUGGCUGCUCCAUGCACAAGCACUGAUAGUGAGAGGCUGUUUAGUGCUGCAUCACAUGUCCUUGAUGAGAAGAGGAACAGACUGACAUGUGAUAAAGCAGAGAAGCUUCUCUUCAUAAAGAAGAACCUGCCACUGUUCCUGUAGGAGUAGGCUAAGUAGACCUAUGGCUUGAUACAGGCACAGUUGUUUUGUUUUAAUGUUUUUGUCUGUAAAGCAAUUUGGGUUGUCUUGUCUCAGAUGUCAGUUUCUUUCUGAUGACAAAUCUGUUCUGGUCAGGGAUAUGUUAUGUACCUGUAAGUGUUUGAUGUUACAAGCACACUUGCUAUUUACCUCAGCCUUUACAUUAUUGUUUACAUUAUAGCCUACUGUUACUUAGUAGACUUGUGCCAACUUUUGCACUUUUUUGCACAACAUGUCAGAAAUGUUAAAUAAACAUUUACUUUCUUUGAAAAUCAUGUCUAUGUAUUUUAUUUUUGCAAAUUAAAAAAAAUAAAUAAUGAAAAACUUAACAACCACAUUCGGUAUUCGGUAUUCGGCCAAGCGUUUGAUUAUUAUUCGGCUUCGGCUUCGGCCACAAAUUCUC